ACCACCGGCAUCGUCAGCACCACCCAGAGAGGAGGCAAGGAGCUCGGCCUCCGCAACUCUGACAUGGACUACAUCCAGACCGACGCCAUCAUCAACUACGGCAACUCAGGAGGACCACUAGUCAAUCUGGACGGUGAGGUGAUCGGGAUCAACACUCUGAAGGUCACAGCAGGAAUCUCCUUUGCCAUCCCGUCAGACAAGAUCAGACAGUUCCUGGCAGAGUCUCACGACCGACAGGCCAAAGGUAAAACGUUUCAGAAGAAAAAAUACAUCGGCGUCAGGAUGAUGAGUGUCACUGCAUCGCUGGCCAAGGAGCUGAAGGAGAGACAGUCAGACUUCCCAGAUGUCACGUCAGGGGCGUAUGUCAUCGAGGUCAUCAGCCGGACUCCUGCUGAGGCGGCUGGCCUGCAGGAAAGUGAUGUCAUCAUCAGCAUCAAUGGCGAGCGAAUCACCUCGGCCAGUGAUGUCAGCGCCGCCAUUAAACGGGACGAUCAGCUGCGAACGGUGGUGAGGCGAGGAAACGAGGACGUCAUACUUACCAUCGUCCCCGAGGAGAUCGAGCCGUGACCUUGACCAUCACCUCAACAACCCAACCAGUCGACCAAUCCCGAGCUGGCUCUCAGUGUUUUUCAACCAAUCAUGAACGCUUUGAAAAACCAAGCAACCAAUAGGGUUGUGUUUGUGUCCGGGCAACACAAUGAAUAAAGACCCUGUAAUACCUCUCGUCUUCUCUUCAACCCUGAGAAUGGAAGCCCCGCCCCCUGCCGCCAUGUUAGAUAGAGUUCUUCUUCUGAUGUCACCACAGGUCGUUUAUGUUCAACAGCGCCGCCUUCAGGUCACUUCUGUUUCUCUUUGGAACUUUUUUAUCGUGAUUUUGUCUUCAAGUGUUUUUAAAAAAAAAU